UGUUCUUACGCUUUAGGUCUUUUAUAUUUAACAAGAAAUGAUGGAUCUUUGUUUCAGUUGUUAUACGAGCCGUUCGAUGUAUCUUUCGAGAAAAAUUGGGUAGUUUCCGGGAAGGAAGAUUACAAUGGUAUAUGGAAACAUUCCCAGAGUGAUGGACAUGAAGACUAUGGCCUUCUUGUAAGCGAAAAGGCGAAGAAGUAUGCAAUAGUCAAAGACCUUGAUGAACCAGUUAACAUCAAGGAUAGAACCCUGGUUUUUCAAUAUGAAACUCGAUUUCAGAAUGGGCUUGAGUGUGGAGGUGCUUAUCUGAAGUAUCUCAGACCUCAAGAUGCCGGAUGGACUCCCAGGGAGUUUGACAAUGAGUCACCCUAUUCCAUCAUGUUUGGACCUGACAAGUGUGGCUCUACAAAUAAGGUGCACUUCAUCCUUAAGCACAAGAGUCCAAAAACUGGUGUCUUUGUCGAGCAUCAUCUAAAGAACCCACCAUCAGUCCCAUAUGACAAAUUCACUCAUGUUUACACUGCUAGUCUGAAACCUGAUAAUGAGUUAACGAUUUUGAUAGAUGGGGAGGGAAAGAAGAAGGCAAACUUUUUAUCUGCUGAUGAUUUUGAACCACCGCUUAUUCCACCCAAAACGAUUCCUGAUCCAGAUGAUAAGAAGCCUGAGGACUGGGAUGAGAGGGCUAAAAUUCCAGAUCCUGAUGCUGUGAAACCUGAUGAUUGGGAUGAGAAUGCUCCUGAGGAGAUCGAAGAUGAGGAAGCUGUCAAGCCGGAAGGGUGGUUGGAUGAUGAGCCUGAGGAAAUUGAUGAUCCUGACGCCACCAAACCAGCGGACUGGGAUGAUGAAGAAGAUGGAGAAUGGGAAGCACCAAAAAUUGAUAACCCAAAGUGCGAGGAAGCACCUGGAUGCUGUGAGUGGAAGAGACCAAUGAAGAAAAAUCCAGCAUACAAGGGAAAGUGGCAUGCUCCUUUGAUUGACAACCCAAACUACAAGGGUAUCUGGAAACCACGGCAGAUACCAAAUCCUGACUAUUUUGAGCUUGACAAACCUGAUUUUGAGCCUAUUGCUUCCAUUGGGAUUGAGAUUUGGACAAUGCAGGAUGGCAUUCUGUUUGACAAUAUUUUGAUAGCUGUUGACGAGAAAGUGGCUGAAUCAUAUAGGGAAAAGAUGUGGAAGCCUAAAUAUGAAGCUGAGCAAUCAAAGCAGAAGGCUGAAGAAGCAGUUUCUGGAUUUUCAGAUGCGCUUGCUAGCUUCCAGAAGAAAGUAUUUGAUGUUCUUUACAAAGUAGCAGACAUUCCCGUCUUUGCGCCAUACAGGUCCAAGAUCAUCGGUGUCAUUGAGAAAGGAGAAAAACAGCCAAACCUGACGAUUGGAAUCAUGGUGGCUAUUGUUGUGGUCCUCGCUACAGUUAUCUUCAGAAUUCUUUUUGGCAGAAAGAAACCUGCAGCACCACCAAAGACCACCUCUAGAGCCAAGAGGGCUAAAGCCACUAAGAAUGGCGGAGUAGGAAGCACUACUGAAAAGAAAGAGGAAAAUGAGAAAGAGAAUGCAGCAGCACUGCGUCAGCGAUCCAGGCGGGAGACAUAGGAGAGGAUUAUAUUGGACUUGAAAUUUUGGAUUGGUUAUUUUCAGAAAGUACACAUCCAAGGAUUUGAGCAUAAACCAGAUUUCGCGAUUCUCUGCCUCUGAUUUUAUAUUCAGCCUCAUUCUUUUCUCAUUUCAUGCUUUCCCAUUAACUUCUAGACUGAAUUUGUGUUGCACAGCAGGUGUUGUUUGAGGUUGGUCAAAGGAUCCUCGGGCUAUUUAUUAGCGUGGUUGUCUUUUUUUUUCUUCUUCUUCUUCUUCUUUUCUUUUUUGACAAAAACCAAAUAUAUGUUAACUAGCAUCAAAUGUAUGUUUUAUUUUUUACCCUAUCUAGUUGGAGUCAUGCUGUGUUAUUUACUCAACAUCUAGUUUGUCUGCUGUCUCCAGCAACAGGUGGCUUUUAUUGGAUGAUGUAUCCCAUUGUCAAGAAUGACCAACUUAUUAGAAUAGUUCUGGACA